AAAAGGUUAUUAUAAUGUUCUCGGCAGUGAGGUGUGAGUGAGGUGGUCAACAUGUCUUCCUCUGACUGGGAGGAAGUGAAGCGUCUCGCUGCAGAUUUUCAGAGAGCUCAGCUUGCCUCAACUGUCCAGAAAUUAUCGGAAAGAAACUGUGUUGAAAUUGUGAACAAGUUAGUUGAGCUCGGGCUACUAGACAUCUACCACACCAACGAUGGCAAGGAAUACAUCACUCCAGCACAACUCACCAAGGAGAUCCAAGACGAGGUCUUUAUUCAUGGGGGCCGGGUGAACUUGGUAGACCUGGUGGACGUGUUGUCUGUGGACCACAGUGUAAUUGAGAAGCGAGCGUUGGCUCUGGCUCACUCUGAGUCCAACACCUGUUUCGUCCUUGGUCAGCUGAUAACUCAGGAUUACCUCGAUGCCAUUGCUGAGGAAAUCAACGAGAAGCUUCAGCAGGAAGGAUCGACUACAGUUGCAGACCUGGUGAAGCAUUAUGAAUUACCUGGUGACUUUAUGCUUGAGGUUGUUGUUGAACGACUGGGUACCAUCAUCCAGGGCCAGCAAGACACUCACGACCACACUGUCAUAUUUACUAAUGCUUUUGUGGCCCGACACAAAGCUCAUGUUCGAGGCGUCCUGUGUGCCAUCACACAACCAACACAGGUGUCAACAAUCAUCGCACAACAUGGCUUCCAACAGAGGCUGUUCUUUAGUGUUGCUGAAAAACUGAUUGCAACAGGCCGAGUAUCUGGUGCUCUCACUGGGGGACGGCAAAUUCAUCGGGCUAUGUACAUACCCAGCAUAUAUUCACGGACACAGAACGAGUGGGUGGAUAACUUCUUGAAGCAAAAUGGAUAUCUUGAGUUUGAGGCUCUGCGGCGUUUAGAGAUAAGUGAUCCAGAGGGACACAUUCGUCGACGCUUUAAGGAUGAAGAUCUGACCUUUGUUGGUGAGGUGUGUGUUGGGUCAAGUCUCAUUGAUCAGAUUGAUGCUGCUAUUGAUGAUGCUCUGCUGUCUGGAGGUUGGGUGGACAUCUAUCCACUGCUGCCUACAGUCUUCAGCCCAGAAGAAGGGAACCAGCUUGUGGAUAUUGCCUUAAAACGCCGCCAAGAUAAAAAAUCCACUGCAACUGCUAAGGUUUUCUAUCAUACAGUUGUAGUUAGUGAUCAGCUCCUGACAAAACUCUCCAAUCACCUGCAACAAAUGAUGCCCAAAAGAGCCAAGGAAGCUGUGGAGAAGGGGGCAUUUAAACAACAGGUUGACAUUGGGAAACUGAAGCACCAGGAGGAGGAAUUUGGGAGAAAUAAGAAAGAAGAGAGACGAAAAAAGGCAGCAACUGGUAAGGCUGGAGGGGGCACACAAGGCCGUGAGACCAAGACCAAGGCUUCUAAGAAUAAGUAUAAGGGAAGGAAGGGAGCAGCUCAUGAUUCUGAGUCUGAUGAUGAUGUCAACACUCACCCCACUACUGGUGGUGGUGGGAGACUCCAUCAAAUAGAGUUUAUGUCAGAAACAGACAUGCAGCUGUUGAUCAGUGAUUUUGAGGAAUUGGCAGACUGUCCUGAGGAGCUGGUGGAAGAGUUAACAAAUCACUUCCAUCGUCCUUUAACUAAGAUCUUCCAGGAAGUUGCUAAAUCGGUCUUUAUGGCAACUGUAGCAGUUAAAGGUGACACACGGAGGAAGACUCACCAGCAGCUGCAGGAGAAAGUGUCAGCACUGCUCACCACCAUCAAACUGGCAGAUAAGAGUGUUAAGGUAUUUGAUGAGGAUAAACAAUCACAACUGAGGAAGCACCUGUUGAAGACCCAGUGCUCCGAGAUGGUUAAUGAACUGGUCCUCUACCUUGCUGACGACAGCCUCAUAGAAAUAGCCCGGGACAAGGAAGUUACUCCGGAGAUUCGUCUAAAGAUUAUUAAGAAGUUAUCAGAGGAAAUGAUUGAACCCCUGCAGAAUGUCCACAAAACACUUAGUGGGUCCAGUGUGGAGGACUUCGUAAAUGUAGUGGAUGAUGCCAUCGCCAUCACUGGCAUUAUGUUGAAGAAAAAGGACAACAAGAAGGACAGACAAGUGUUGGUGAACCACCGUUGUGCUCUCCUGGAACAGCUUGAUGGAACUAUUGAUGCCCCACUAACCCUCCACCUGGCCUGCCUGGUCCUCUUUCAGGCAGUGACGGGGAACAUGCUCCACGCUUCGGGCAAGUUUGUGCCUCACAUCCUGGCUUACAUUAAGAGUCAUGUACCAUUUGAUAAGUUCUCCGUAUUGCAAGAAUAUCAAGACUUAGUGAUCAAGUCACUGACUACCAAGACUGACUUAGAAGCUGACAGUGAUGUGAAGCUCAGACUUGAAACACUAACACCAAUUGUAAAGGAAACAGCCAUCACAUUCAAGAAGGCAGCUGCCGGCUUACACAACACAGAAGAGUAAUACUGUACAGUGUGUUUACAAGAAGGAAGAAUUUUCUUGACCUUAUAAAAAUUUAUAUUUGGAUGUCAGUCUGCAAUGGUGUCAUCUUUUAACUAAGGCAGUGAUUAUCAUACCAUUUGUAGAAGCUGAAACCACAGCAUAAUUUUAAGGAAAAUUAUCUUCUUGGUAGUCUGCUGUCAAGGCUGAAUUUUAAUGCUUGGAAAAUUUGUACUGUAACGUGAUGGUAUUUGUAUAAGUGUGGAUAUUGGUAUUAGCAAUUACAGUACAGUAUAAUUGACUUUGCCAAUUUCAGUAUUGGCAGAAGCUAUUGUUUGGUGAGGUUGGAUUAUUUUUUUAGGAAAUACAAAUAUUGACUGUUACAACAUAUUCUUUAUUUAUUCUUUAUAAUUGAUAUUUUUUAUGGAAGGCAUUUGGGAAAUAUCUUCUGUUAUUCUGUUUGAAAUCUAUGGUAUUAUUCAAUAUUUUGGGUACCGGGCUACAGUAUUUGUUAUUGACGUACAAUAAAUAAAGUUGAAAGUUACUGUGAUAAACAAAAUAAAUUCUUUGGUGGCUUUUUGUGAAAGGAGACACUCCAUAGCAGAAUGUAUCUGUUGAAGAAGCAGUGAAGAGUGAGUGUAUGUAUGUGUUCCUUGUGUCUAGGUUUGGGACACCAGGAACAAGCUUGAAUUAUUACUCUUGUAAAUACUGUACUGUACAGGUAUUAAAAAAAAAUCACACACAUUUUAUAUAAUUUUGGUCAGACACUUAAAAUUUGGAUGGUUCUGCUGGGUUUAUAAAGAAACGUGUAGCUUCAGGAUUUGUUUGUUUUUUCCCCAAGUGGAAAUUAUGAUAGGUUUUUUCCUCUCAUUUUUGUUGUGGAUUUGAAUAUAGUUACAUUAUUUGAUAUCUCUUAUUCCCAUGUGUCAUCCCAGAAAUGAGUUUCCAUUUAUUCAUCACAUCAUAAAAUGUUUAGUGUCCCUCAUACAAUACUGUACAAUACUUCAGUUCCCCCUCAAGUUUUUGUAUUGUCAAGUGUCUGAAUGAUUACUCUCAGGAUCUUGUCAAAUAUUGUACGUCUUUUUCCUCGAGUUAUUUCUUAUUACUGUAUGACUAAAUUCUUUAACGUUUGAGGACUCUUUGCUCUUAAUAGGGAGCUGGUUUCAGCUCCAGUUUUCACUCUCUCAUUUUGCCUUAUUAAAUUUGUUCCUAGUCCUGUGUGUAGCAUUCCAGCCUCCUAAAUGUUGAAGUAACCCCCAGUCUGACCUGGGAGGAAUGUUUGUUUAUAUUACCAUUAUUUGCCAUUGACAAUUAUGUACAGAAGCUAUUAAGUUAUACAUAAAUUAUGAUAGUUUA